AUGCAAUUGGUUUCGAGUACAAAACAAAUCAAUUUGAAAUUGAGAGAAAAUGGUUGGAACAACUUACUUGAUAUUGUUAAAUCAUUUUAUGAGCGCCACAACAUUGAUGUGCCUGAUUUGAGUGUUCCUUAUACGAAAAAAAUUAAGGGCCAGUCACGUUACCUACAAGAGAAUAUUACACUUGAGCACCACUAUCGGAUUGAUAUAUUUUAUGGUACAAUUGAUUCGCAAUUGCAGGAGUUGAAUAACAGGUUUAGUGAAAAGGCAAUGAAACUUGUUAUUCUCAGCUCAGCUUUGGAUCCUAGAGAUGGUUACAAGUUGUUUAACGUUGAAGACAUUUGUACGCUUGUAGAUGAAUUUUAUCCUCAAGAUUUCACAGACCAAGAGAGGAUUAUUUUGACAUUCCAAUUGCAACGUUAUAAGGUUGAAGUGCUUGCUCAUUCACAUUUGAAAAAUAUGUCGACAAUUUCUGAGCUAUAUAGAGGAUUAGUGGAAACAGAGAAGUUAAAAAUCUACUUUUUGAUUGAUAGGUUGAUUCGUCUUGUCUUGACUCUUCCCGUUUCCACGGCAACUACAGAAAGGGCAUUUUCAACUAUGAAACUUGUCAAAACACAACUACGCAACAGGAUGGAGGAUGAGUUUCUUGCAGAUUACUUGAGCGUUAGUAUUGAAAAAGAAAUUACUCAGACUUUUAGAACAGAUUCAAUUAUAGAUGAUUUUUCUUCUCUAAAAGAUCGUUGA